GUUUCCGUUGGCGUGAUGGGCGAAGGACGAAAGAAUGAAGGAGGAAGAGGAGGAGGAGGAGGAAGGAGGGCAGAAGACAAGGAAGGAGGGAGGGGAAACUGAAAGAGCUCAUCAAAUAGGAAGCGGGAGAGGGGGGGGGUAGCAGAUACGAGCGAGCACGCUAAAGAGCAAGUGACAGAGCACGCGUUGAACGAUUCAGCAACACAUUCGGGAGAAGGUCAGGUACGAAGAGAAAGGAGCAACGCAGGGACUGGAUUCAAGACAAAGGUUAUACAGUAACGCAAGAUCUUCUGACAUCCUGAAACAUCACCGGUGCACAAACGAUCAUAUUGGGUGGGAUCGGAUCGUAACUUGUAGGGGGCAGUUACACGAGCACAGGGGUCGACUGGGAUCAAGUCGUGUUCGAAGCAGUAGAUCAGGAUGACGCGCAUGCAGCGAUCCCCUGGGCCAGCAGCGUACAACAUCAAGUCAACAGUAUGCGUGGAGUCCCCUUCGAUCUCGUUCGGCACCAUGAAACGGCCAUCGCCGAACUUCAAGGGGAUCUCUCCUGGUCCUAUCUACAUGCUCAAGACGACUGUAGGAAGGAACAAAGAUUUCACAGUAAAGAGCGGACCGUCUUUUGGCUUUGGGACGAGCGACAGGCCAGAUCCUUCCGGCAUGAAGGGUCCACGACGUGCACCUGGUCCGGGUGAGUACGACCUGGGAAGUGCCGUCGGGCCUCAGAAGCCUCCUCCCUACAAGACUGCUCCCUCCUUCGGCUUCGGUACCUCCUCAAGGCUUCCAGGGGACGCCCCGGUACCGAAGAGGCUCGACAGGAGUACGAUGGAGAGCCUGAACGGGACGACCAACUCCAUGAGCCUGUCGGAGAAACCUGGGAUGAACUCUUCCAAGGACCACGAGAUCGUGAACACUCCUGGUCCGGGGGAGUACGACAACUUCAGCUGGAAGAACAAGCGUCCCCCGGCCUUCUCCUUCGGUACUUCAGCGCAGAGGAUCGGACCAUCCAUGAGUGCGUCCAAGAUUCCUGGACCAGGGCAGUACAAGUUAGGACAGACGACAGGGCCACGAACGUCGUUGAACCUACGGCGAGGCCCCUCCAUCACCUUCGGAGCCUCGAGACCCAAGACGAACUUCUUUGCCAACUCAGAGUAUCCGGGGCCUGGCGCAUACCCCAUCCCUUCCUCCGUCGGAGUACAACCGACGACAGAUCAUCGUUCGCUGCCGAGUUUUUCGUUCGGAACUUCUCAGAGGAGGCCUCUGGACGAGUGAUGACUCCUGAAGGUUUCACUCGCUCCCCCUGGCAGUUUUCCGUCUUUCGAAUGCAACGCAAUUUCUUACAGGAAGGGAUGAGACAAAUUUCUUACUUUCCUCGCCGAGUUGGUCGAUGAUCAGGGAAACACAAGACAAUUUGAUCGGUUGUGCCAUUGUGUUGUGUUGGCCAAUCUGAAAGACAUCCAAGUUUGUAUGCUGAUGACGGAUAUGCUAAUUUUCUUUGCACAUUCCUU